AAACAUCAACAUAGUAACCCGGGAAAGGCGACCUCAUAGGCGGGUAGACACCUUUCUUUCUAGGGAUCUCACAGCUGACCUGGGUAUCUGGUUUCCUGGACUAACACUAAGGCGACAACAACAAUGGGUGCAUGUCGCUAGAAAAAGUUGCUAGCUUAGUUGGCACAACUGCUAGCUAACAUUGGUUUGCUAACGUUAGCCGGCUAACGCUAACGUUAGCAAACAGACAGCUGAACGAAACUGAAAAAGAAGUCCGGAAAAAGUUGAGAUUGUUUUAUCAUGAGGACAUCGGAAUGAAUGUGGACAUCUAGAAACGUCGCAUCCUUUGCCUAAAGGUGAGUGAGAGAGAUGAGGAGCAGCAGGAGGACUGAAGUGUCUCUUAAAAGCUCUGCUCAGCAGCUUACUGAUCACAAUAUUGGCACAGAACUGACAACUGCAUGGAAAAGUUUAUCUCAGUCCAAAGCUGCUUUGCGGCACAUAGAAAACCGUCUAGAGGCAGCUCCAGGGACAGGAGUUCUCCUGGAGUCUGUCAUGGACCCCCCCAAGAAGAAAUCCUCAAGGACGGUGCGCUGCAGGGAUGGACAACAAGCUGAUGACAAUGGCGGGUCUUCAAAGCGCAGGGGACGAAGUCAGCAAAGUCCAGAAAAGAGUAGCUCGCGCAGCCCGCUGAGAAAUGCCACACAGGACAGCAAUGUCCGCAGGAACAACAGCGUGGAGUUCAGGGAACCGCUGGCCUCCUACAGAGAGGCCACCCCUCCACCACAUCCCUCCUCUCAGCUGGAGGCCUACAGUUUGCAGUCAGUGCCAGGGUCUUCGCACCCAUCCUCUCCGCCUCCCUCAGAUCCUUUGCUCAGCCAGUUGGUCUACCAGAGGGACACCAGGGAAAAACAGACAGACAGGGACCUGGACAGCACACACUCCUCAGCUCUGGAGAGCACAGAGGUCCGCUACCUCAAUGACCAGCCAGCCCUGGACACCCUGAGGACUACUGGAAACCAAUCACAUCUCACAGGUGUAAGAGUCCCUGCAUGGGAGGGUGAGGAAAGCACUCCAAAAGCACAACCUGGCAUGGAUAGCCAAGAGCCAAGCUUGUGUCUCACUCAAACUCCAGGCUCCAUACGCCAAGGGGAGAGCACUCCCUCCACCAGCCCUGGCUCAGCGUCCCAGCGGUUGGAGAAUCUCAGGCGACAUCAGCCUGAUGAUAAGCUGGAGAAGCUCAAAGAGCGUAUUCGAAGGCAGAGACAACAUCUGGAGGAGGCUGCAGAGAGAGAGAAGCUGCUUGGUUAUUUGGAACAGCCUGUUGUGGCAGCUGUGGGGAGUAGCAAUGCUGGUACUAGCAACAUGCCCACAGCCAAAAUACGGAAAGUAGCAGCUGCACCGCCUGCACCUAUAUACAAAGGUUUCAACAGUACUGAGACAAAGAUCCGGACUCCCGAUGGGAAAGUUUGGAAGGAGGAGGAGUUUCAUAACCUCAGCAGAGAAAUCUACAGAGACCUGUCACGACAGCUUGCUGAGAGCACACAAUCCAGACAUCAGCAGCAGAGGGAACAGAGAGCAGACAGGUCCAAAGAGAGGAGGCCUCCCAAACCAGUCAGGAAGGUCCACAGAGCUGCAUCUUCCUCCGAUCUAAAUGCAAAACCAGUGAUUAGCCCUGCAUCAUGGCGGGAGGGCCAAAAGCUUGUAAAGAUGGUACUUGGUCCAGUUCCCAAGCUGCCCAGGGAAGAGGACAGACCCCAGCCAGCUGACAGACUGAGCAGAACAGCUUCCCAUCACCGUUCCAGUUCAAACCCACGCUCGGAAUCAAACCCACGACCUCGCCCAAACAGCACAGAGAGGCCCCGCAGUGGAUUUAAAUCCAAAAGCCACUCCACAACCACAUCUACCCCCUCAUCUGCAGAUCGGGACAAGACCCCAGUGGGUGUAACCACGGACCUGUUGUCAGCAGACAUCCAGGGGAUACUUGAUGACCUUCAGCUGGAGUGCAAAGCAGCUGAGAGAGAGGAGAGGGCCCGGCAACGGUCCCGGGGUGGGAGCAGUGGUAGGAGAGGAAGAGGGGGAUCAGGGUCACGAACAAGGACUCCAGUCUCUGCUUGGGGAACUACUGCGGCAACAGGUAGCUCCUCAAGAGGCUGCCGCAGCGCCAGCCCCACCGCACACCGACCAGAGACUGCUGACACGAGGCACAAAAAGAGACACUAUGAUGCCGACACUGUUCGCCAGUACAUUUCCAGGCAACAAGAGGAGAGAAAGAGGCGUCAAGCAGAAGAGAAGAGGGCACUAAGAGAGGAGGCAGACCGGAGAAACCAGAGGUUGCAGGAGCUCUACAGGAAGCAAAGAGAAGCAGCUAAAACUGUGGCCCUUUCCAGCGAGGUGCCUGUGGCCCCUGUACAAAAGCGACUACAGGAAACGUACAACAAACUGCUCCUGGAGGAAGCCCAGCUGGGCGAGGAGGCCAUACAGACACAACCUGCUGCUCCUUCUAGUCAAAUGAGACCGAUGUACCAGCCCUCAGGGGAGUCGGACAAAGAGAACAAAAGACUAGAGGCACCACAGAGCCCCUCGAGCAGUGACAGGUCUUUGAAUGAUCAGCCACCUCCUCCGCUAUCCAGGAAUGAUCUGGACAUUGGAGUUGCCUCCUUACUGCAGCCUGACCGCCUGAGACCAGCUGUUCGACCUGCGACGGGUCCCAGCAGCAGUUCGUUAGCCCCUUUUGGUGACCAUCUCCUCUCUCAGCUUCUCAGGCUGGAGACUGCAGUGGUAACUAGUGAAGCCAGGCACACCCAGCGGCCAGCCACAUCACCUUCCAACAGGCCGCGGUCAAAGAUGUCCCGAAUUGAGGCCCUCAAGGCCACAGCUGCGUCCCUCUCCAACCGUAUAGAGAGUGAGGCACGGAAGCUUGCUGGGGAGGGGAUCAACUACGGUACAGAAACUUCAAUGGAUGUGGAUACUAUUAGGCCUUCUCAAACUAAUCGCGAGGAUGGAUGCUGGGGAGAAACAGCUGCCACAGAAAAUGAUGAUGUAGCAUUGAGGAUCCAGAGGAUUUUGACGAGCACAGGUCACAGUUCAUACAAUGGCACAUCUCUUCCAGGAGCAGGCAAUCUACAUGCCCUCAGGGGACAGAAAGAAAAGAAGGCUACACACACCAAUUUGACUAAUCCUGAUGUAUCAGGGCCCUUUCUCAACAGUUAUACACAUGAAAGGAGGAGGCUGGUAAAUGGCUUGGAAAAGGUAGAGCGACUGGAAAAAAUGGAAACAAAUCGGACAGAUCUCCAUGACUCAAGUGCUGGGUCCAUAAGUGAGGGUCCUCUUUCUGAGGAUGAGGCAAGUCCUCCUCACCCCUCCUACAAUCGUGUCCCUCGACCGGCAGAUCGCCUGGAGGCAGUGGACUUCUGUGCGGGUCAAAGAAAGGAUUACCAUCGGUUGUCAGAGUUCCAGAGGGAGGCAGCGAGGUGCUCAGCCCUCAGCUCACCCUUUGCACAGCAUGAUGGCAGCAAAGCAGCCUGGGAAGAGCUGAACAAAGGAAGCCCUCUCAGCGUGAUCAACAUUUUUACAAAAAACCUUCAUGACCAUGUGAAAGGGAGUGAGAGGAACUCCCCCUCUGCCCAUUCUUUGCACUCUGGAAAUGGCCAUGUAGAUGCAGCUGUCUAUGAAGACGACUUUGUGUCAUCCCAUAGUAGUGGAGCCAGUGGCCAGUUAAAGAGAGGAUCUAAUUCACGCAGCGUGAACAAUCAUUUUGAAGAGUUGAUGAGGAGAUCUCCUUAUGACAAAAGUACAGGAGGCAUCAGUCCCCACCAUUCAUCCUUUCACUCAUCUAUUCACUCACCGCAUCUUUCCUCUGGUUCAACAUCUGGCUCCUCACCCUUCUCUAAGCACUCUGCCAGAAAAAGAGGCACAGCAUCAGACCAGAGUGAUGCCACUCUGGUAGAAGAGCAGAGGAGCUCCAUCUCACCUCCCUCAGAAGCAUUAUCCUCUGACUCCAGGAAGAAGGGCUCAGACAAAAGCUCUGCCCACAGCCAGGCCAGGAGUGUCCACUCUAAUGACACUGUAGGGGAAACUUCAGGGCUUUCUCAUCAAAGUUUGGGACUUGACAGUAGGAGGUCUACAGCAGCCAGACCCAAACAAGCAUCUCCAUCUGGCUCUCCACACCCUGGUUCUCCUAUAGGAGCAGGCUCUCCCAGUGAGCCUGUGAGAAGUGGCUCUCUGGGGGCAAAUACCCCAAACACGGCCACCACAGCUCGCAGUGGCAGGGCAGAGACCAAGACCACAGGUGAACUACAAUAUUCGCCUGCUGUCUUGCAGCAACGUAUGGCAGCAGAGCUCCAGUACCUGGAAUCCAUUGAGGAGUCGGUCCGACAGCUGGGGGAUGUGGAGAGGGUGAUGGGUGUGUCCAUGGCUCAGCAGGAGAGUGUGUCAUUGGCGCAGAUGCUCAAGGCCAGGCAGCAAAGCCACGCACGUGACCUCUACGAGCUGAAGAUCAAGGCUGAGAGGGAAGCCUUGGAGACACAGCUACAGCUGGAGGAAAACAGGCAGAGAGUGGCCAGGGCUCAUAUAGAACUGAAGGAAAACUUGGCUGCAAAUCAAAAGGAGACCUUGGAGGGCCUCCAGGAGGCGACUACUAAGAUGAUGAGUCAACAAGCUGAGACAGCACGGUACACAGCCGAAACUGCCCGAAACAUCAAAGAGAUGACAGAAUUGGCACGGUCGCAGAUAGCAGGAGCUCUGGUUGUCCCUCCUGAUGCUUCUGAUUCCUCCACUGUGGACGAGAAAGAACAGCAGAGCUCCUUUUCAAAGCAACGACAGGACAAAACUGACUCUGACAGCUUCCCUAGCGAGGUGUCAAGCAGAAGAGCCCGGCCGGAGGAACCGCUGUCUUCGCUGAACAGCCUCAGUCACUCUGAUUCACUGUCCUUCAAAAGACCCAACCUCAGUGGAGCUGAUUCUAGCAGCCACCAUAGCCCCUCGCAUGCAUCGUCAGACCACAGAGAUAAAAAAGAAGGAGCAGAGAAGAAAUGGAGGAAGGGCGGAGCCGAAGAGAGGGGAGCAGGCAGCAGCUCCAUAGAGGAGGAAGUUCUGACCGCAGCAAAUGAUUCCCUCUGCAGUGACAGCAUCCCUUCAGUAGUGGAUGACAAAGGAGACAGUACGUCAGUGGCAACAGAGUACUCGCUCAAGUUUGAUGAGUCCAUGACGGAGGAUGAGAUAGAAGAGCGCUCCUUCCGCUCUCUGCUGCCAUCUGAGGCGCACCGCCGUGGAACUAUGGAGAAGAAGUCCCGCCAUCAUGACGAAUCAGAGGACGAUGGAGCAAAUCACAACACAACAUUGGUUUCAGGGUCACACAACAUCUUAAAGUCUCAGGAUGCAAACAUGGCCUUUUCUGGUGGACAGGACAGCUUUUCCCAGUUCACCAUGGACAUGGUGCGUCAGUACAUGAAGGACGAGGAGGUAAGACUGCAGCACCAGAGUUCUCUGCUGCAUCUUCGUCAGAAAGCUCUCAAAGAGAAGACCAGAACUGAGCUGGCCUGGCUCGAACACCAGAAAAAGAGGCUGAGGGACAAGGGGGAAGAUGACAAGAUGCCACCCAUCAGGAAAAAGCAGAGGGGCCUUCUGAUAAAACUACAGCAGGAACAGGCUGAGAUCAAGCGACUUCAGGAGGCCAACAAAGCAGCCAGGAAGGAGAGGCAGCUGUUGCUGAAGCAGCAGGAGGAGAUUGAGCGGAUGAGAAACUCUACACUCCGACUGAAGGAGCGUCUCAAGUGUGCCGGGGGCGAAGCACCACCUGAGACUCCUGUGUCAGAGACCCCCCUGUCCGAGACCGCCUCCCCCAACAUGAGACAUGCAGAAGAUAUCCGCAGCCCCUCCCCUUCGCUCUCCAUCUCUGGAAGUGAGACCAGCAGCAUCAUGCAGAAGCUCAAGAAGAUGCGCUCUCACAUGGAUGAGAAACACUGUUCUCCUGUCCACUACUUCUUCUCUGUGUUCACGGCCCACCACUGGGCCUCCCUCAGUGUCUGUCUUCCCAACCUCCACCCUAAAUUCCAGCUCUUUAUCUACAACCAGUUGGUCAGGUUUCUGACAAAGCGGGAGCAGCAGCUGAUGCAGAGGCGUCACCAUGCCGAGGAGCUGCUGCAGUGGAAACAGCGUCUGGACCAGGAGGAGGCGGAGGUCCGUAGGAUGGAAAAGGAGGCGCUGGCUGUAUGGGACAGACAAACACCUCGGGACAAGGCAGAGAUUCAGGGAAAGGAGGUCUCUGACUUUAGUCCCAGCCCCAGUCACCAUCGAAGCUCAGAGCCUAGGACUGAUAGUGAGAAAGAGUAUGUGAGUGAGGGUGAAUGUUCCUCAGCGACACCUGAGUCCAGUAUACACACAGAGGGACCGGGGUCCCAGCAACCGGGAAGCCCUACUUCAGUACGACCUGCAUCAGUCCCAAACACACCUCUGGCCUCCGUGCAGAGCAGUCCUGCAAAUUACAGCCAGGACUUCACGUCAGCUUCCCGCUCGCUGAGCAGACAAUCUCUCCAGUCUCCGCUGAAAAGCAGCCACAGCCCUGCUGCCUCUCCUUCAGAUGGCAGCAGCAAAACCAAGAUGCAGCUUCGCUCCUCCUCCCGGACCGCCAACCAGGCCCCCACUCAGCCCGCUGAAUCCCCCAUGCCCACACAGACUGAACCCAUUUCAGACCAGAGUGACAUAGAGAGCCGUAUCAAGGCCCUGAAGGAAGAACUCAGAAAGCGAAAGUUUAUGGCCUACCAGCUGAAAAAAGAGCAGAAGAAGAGGAACAAGGAGCGCCUGAAGGCACAGGAGGCCAGCCUACUGAAGCAGCUGGAGAGCUAUAACAACUACAUCGAGAAAACUAAGGCUGAGCUGAACAAGGAGCCAGACUCAACACCUGAUACAAAGUCCCAAAUCAACAAUUCCAUCUCAAUUGCAGUUACUCACAGGUCUGAAACCAGCCAAAUCUCUGACGCUGAAAAGACGCAAAUUGAUGCUUCAUUAGAUCAAAAUGCUGUUCAUCAAACUGAUCUUAGUAGAUCCACCUCAGUGCCUGAAGAAUUGUCUGAUGAAGACCCACCAACAGUCACUCCGACCCCUGUAUAUGGCAGUCCAGAGGGUCUUAGACCUCCCUCUAAGGAAGCCAAGGCACCAAUGAUUGAGUCUAGAGAUGAGAUCAGUCAAAGAUCCGACAUUCAUGAUGAGCUGGAGGUGGAAGUAAGAUCCACAUCUGAGGAUUCUGAACAUCUUCUCAAACUGGAAAAGGAAGACAGACUUGACUCCAACGAUAAGCUGUCUACUUCUAAGCAGCUUUCCUCUCCGUCUGUUUGCCUAGAGCAAGACAAACAAAUAAAGGAAACAUCUGAAGCUGAAAAAUCUAAUAUUAUUUCCUCUAGUAAAUCACAUUCAGCCGCAAUGGACAUCAAAACAUCACCUCAUCCAAGCUAUAGUUCUGCAUCCAGCAACCAUUCCUGCUCUCCUGACUCGGUUGCCUUUUCUUCAAAGAAAGAGGCGUCCAUGAAGGAUGUUGAGGCGUCUUCUCCCAUAGCAGAUGGUCAUCACGAUUACUUUGAUUCUUCAGCAGAUUCUUCUCCCCGGGAGGAGCGUCACAGUUCGAAACCUGCCUCUCAAAACUCAGUUUCCACUACUGACAUCAAGGGCUUGAGAAAGGACAGAGCUACACCGUAUGACAGCCAGGACGAGGAGGUAGAGGAGGAAAUAGCUGAAGACUUGAGUCACCAUUCAGGCAUUAGUGAAGCUAGCCACCUAUCUGGGAGACUGCUGGAUCUUCAUAACCGCACAGAAGACUCCAAACAUGACAACAAGGAUAUUGUUAAUUCCAGCCACUCACCACCCAUCUCUCCCUUGCAGACCGCCCUCUCUCCUGUUGGAGAUGAAAUGCCAAGUUUUACCAUCGGAGAUCGGGUCCUUGUCGGUGGUGUUCAGCCUGGCACUCUGAGAUUCAAAGGUCCAACCAGCUUUGCUAACGGCUACUGGGCCGGCGUGGAGUUAGAUAAGUCUGAGGGCAGCAACAACGGCACUUAUGACGGUGUGGUGUACUUCGAGUGUGAUGAGAGCCACGGUAUCUUUGCUCCUCCAGACAAGAUCACACACCUGCCAGACAAGUAUGAGAUCUACACAGACACCACAGAGGAUGAGGAUUCGUUCUUUGAUGGUCUGUCAGAUAAAGGUGGAGAUAAACAUAAAACAGAUGAGCACAAAUCCCAAAAACAAGGAAAUCUGAAUAGUGAAAAUGAACAAACAUCUAAUAAGGUCUUCAAGUCUGAAGAUAAAAAGGUAACGGAUGAGUCUGUUCAAAAGACUGGAUCCAACCUCAAUUCACAGCAUCACAAAGAAUCCAAGCAUCCUGUUUCUAAUGGCAACAGUAGAGAGAUAAUAUUGGAUUUUGAAGAUUCAUCAACAACCCUCCUCAUCUCUGACUUGGACCAGAUUGUCCCGGGGAAGCAGGGUCAGAAGGAGAGGGAAGAGAAGGAAGAGGUAAACUCACAACAACAGUUAAGUCCUGCUGAACUCUCCACAGACAUCAGGGAUGAAGAGGGGAAACAGAAUGACUUACUGGACACAUUUGCAGACAAUCUCCUCAACAACUUUAUGAAAGACACUUUGAUGCAGUUUGCUGAAAUUAAAAAGGCCAAAGAGCAGAAGAUAGAAGCUGCCAACCAGAUAAAUGGAGACCUGUUUGGUACAAAUGUAGAAGAAGAAGAAGAAUGGUUCCCUUCAGUGCAACAAAAAGACGGUCUACCCUUCUUCCUACCUACAGAAAAAGGAGGAGAGGAGCUGUCUUCUCCAGAGCUCUGCAACCGACCGGAGAGUCCAGUGUUGGGGGCCAGCGGUCAGGAGGAGCUCGCCAAGCGACUCGCAGAGCUGGAACUGAGCCGUGAACUGCUGGAUGAGCUGGGUGACGAUCAGGACUGGUUUGAUGAGGACUUUGGCCUCAGUUCCCGUCGAGAACAGCAGAGACUCAAACAGAAACAGAUAGAGGAAGAGGAGGAGGCGAGGCUGGGGAAGUCCAGCUCAUCAGCCCUGGGGGGCCUGGUGUCAUCAGGUGGGGAACAGCAGGUUAAGACUCCACCUAGACCUGAGCUGCCUCUCCCCCUGCCCCCCAAACUACCUGAGCAACCUGCCAUGGUGGUGCCCCACUCAGCCACAGUGGUGGAGAAGAUGGUCCAUGCUGCCACUCAGGAGAUCUGGGAGAGCUGCGGCCUGGGGAGGGAGGGAGCGCUGACCCUCACACAACUGCCAAACCCUGAACCAUCAAAAGAGUACCUGGGUAAAGAGGCCAGCAGCCAGGACCAGGAGGCCCUCUGUAUCCGCAGCUACAGAAAGGCUGUGUAUGACCUAACGUGGGAGAUGCUUCAAGAGAUCUAUGCUGAGGACCCCAAUGCUAAUCAGCCUCAGUGGGUCAAACCCAGACGAGUUAAGUCCUCCUCCUUCCACAGAGUAAAGACACCAGGAGACCUCACCAAAAUCCAGGAAUUCAUCUCAGCAGAAGUGCUGAAAAUGUACGGUCUGACAAAAGAUAACAACCAGAAGACUGACUGGCAGAAGAUGCUCAAAUUUGGCAAAAAGAAGCGAGACAGAGUUGAUCACAUUCUGGUUCAGGAACUCCAUGAGGAGGAAGCCCAGUGGGUCAACUAUGAUGAGGACGAGCUGUUUGUCAAAAUGCAGCUGGCAGACAGCAUCUUUGACGCUUUGCUGAAAGACACUGCAAACGUGCUGACGCUAAUCUACGACAAGAGGGCCAAAAGAGAAAACACCCUCUCCUGACAGCUUUCCUGCUUAAAUUUUUAACUACAAACCUCUAGCUCAACCCCAGUCUUUCCUCACCCCAGUGAACUCCAGCCAACUUCCCGCCGCUCGGUCUUCCACCAGCUGAUGUGCCAACAGCAACCCUCAGAUGCCUUCAGUCCUUCAGCAUUACCUCUCAGCUAAACAACUCCUACUUAUUCCUGUGACGCUUAUUUGCUGAAUUUUGCUUCAGCUAACUGUAGUAGCGGUUUUAUCAUUUCUUCUACACACAAAACGCCUCUUGAGCAAUCCAGCCUUCUUAAACCUUAACACCACCUAGUCUCAGUUCUCACCUCCUGGACUGGCCCUUUUGUAAAUGCCAGUUGGAGAAAGAGUAAAUGUUUUGAUAGGAUGGACUGUGCCAUUUAUUUGCAUUGAAAGUCCAUAAUGCUGCUAAAUUGAUCGUUCCACAGGGGGACUGUAAUAUAAAACCCACCUGGAACAAAAGUAGGUUGUUAUAUUUUCUAUUGAAUCUUAAAGUAAAUAUAUAUAUAUGGAUUCAAAAAUGGUAAUAGAGUAGCAAAAACUAUACAGUGUAGUCCAUGAGUGAUUUGACAGUGACACAUUAUUGUGUUGGCUUCGUAAUCCAGUUCAUUGAAAUUAACAAUGACUAUGAGGAUAGACUUUUAACUGAGGGUUUUUACAUCCAUAUUGGGUGCUCAGCUAUCAGCCCCCCAUUUGAGGCGUCUGUAAGCCUGCCUUAAAUUUAAAAAAAAAUGAAAUGGCUGAAGUCUAUGACUGACAGACAUUGCAGCCAUCUUCACUUCUUGUUUCUGUGACUUUUUGCCUGAAGUUUGGUCUUCAGCAACUUCGACACAUACUCCAUUGAACUGAUGUCAGUAACUGGUUCAGUUAUUUACUGUUUGGACCCUAAAAACUCAUCAUUGUCCUGCUUUGGCUUUAAAUUGGGGGAGUAUGUAUAUGUGUUUAAAAAAGCUGAGAGUCAGCACUUUAACUUUAUAAUCAUUGUUGAAUUUUAAAUCCAAUGUGCUGGAGGAGAGCUGAAACAGUAGAAACUUUUCACAGAUCAAAUAUUGUCAGACUGCGUUGUAUCGGAGCGUCACUGAUAUCAGAUAUUGUAUAAAACAUUUUGCCUCCAUAAUUAUAUUAUUUAUUGCGUGAAAAUGAUUAGUGGAGUAAGGAGUAUUUUGAAUUGUAAAUGAUCUUGUCAACAUAUAGAGACAGAACAGAUUUUAACAUCUAAUGAAAUUGUAAAAAGCACAAACAGAAAUGUGAAUGUGAACAUGGCAAUAUAUUAUGUAGGAGGUUUAAAGAAUGCUAAAAAAAAAAGAACAUGGGGAGUUUCAAUAUUUAAACAUUGUGUUAAUGAUUAAUUCAUGUUCUGUAUGAAUUUUAUUGUGGCCACAACUGUCCAGUUGGUCAACACAACCACUGUGUCCCACCUUCGUAGUACAUAUAAACCGUGUGCUUGUGUAAACAGCUUGAAAACAUCUCACUCAACCAGCAGAGAAAUGGUUUGUCCAAUGAUUUGCAGUUUCUUGCUUUUUUCUGUGUUCUAACUGAAGCUUUUGCACUCCAUUCAACAUUGUCAUUUUAGUAUGCAUUCAGGCUUUUUUAGCACACAACAUACUCAAAACACAAAAUGUAGUAUGAAAGUUGGACACAACAGCCUGGCAGUAGGCCACACUUGAUGUGUUUCAGAAUUGCAUUAUAGGACAGAAGUGAAAUGCUGGAUUUGAGUCUUACUUUUCCUAAAGUCCAUUACUAGCAAAGGAUGUUGUCUUGUUUCUUCAUCAGUAAAGGUGGCCAGCUGAACAUCUGCCCAAAAAACUGAGUCGUGUAGCAGCAUGGGCGUAGGCUACGCUUGCUGUGAAACAUUUGGCUUUUCAUUUAUCAGCAAGUUCAAACCAGCCGUCAGAAUGUAGCUUGGCAAUGUAGGCAGAAAACAGACAGUCUUUUCUCAACAUUCGGUUUAAGUGCCUCUUUAAGUUGUAGAUUUAUAACAAACUUUGUUGAUGUCUCAACACCCUUUGGACCUAUUUUCUUUGAAUGUCUCUUUUAACUGCUGUAUACUAGCGUUUUGUAAAUGAUCCUUAAAUGACCGCUCUCUCUUCUAACCGGUUUGCCAAUACUUCAGUUUCUGCCUUAUCAAUCUUUCUGCACUGUAGUACAGUUGGGGAAGUGUUUUUUUUAUUAACCUUCUCAUUUUUCUGUGUUUCAGUCUGAGGAAGUGUUUAUGCUGAACAGAAUUGCUGACUCACUCUUAAUGUUACCUGCUUCUUCCUCUUCCAUGUCACAUCUGCAUCUGUGCAUAUAGACACAGUGGAGUCAUUUUAUCAAUAAGCUGUAUCAGGAACUAGAUUGUUGACAUGCCACACACACACAAAGUGAGUCAUGGAGCUGAUGGGACUGAGCACGUAGGACUGUAUCCAAGGGCUUGUUUUCGUCCUCACUGUCAGCGCUGCUUUUGGUCCAACAAACUGUGUAUAAACUUAUCGUGGCAUGUCUGUCGUUAAUCUUCACUGACUGUUUGGAGCUAAAGUGACCUUAAAACUGAGUCUGUUUUUCUACCAUCAGUGUUUUAAAAGAUGUGUAUGUUCAAACUGUAAAUUAUAUAAUGUAGAAAAAGACCAAAAACAUUUGUCACCAACCUCUCCAUGCUGUAUGACUUGUAUGUCUUGUCUGUAGGCAUAUGUAACUGUUAUGGUGACUUGGUUAGUACUUUAGAAACACUUUCUGCAAGGCUUUGUUGCGAACCCUCUAGGAUUGUCCUCUUCAAUUGAUUGUAUGUGGGAGGAAGUUAAGUUCCCCUCUGUAACUAUGCAGUACUUGGUCUUUUGCAUUGUUUUAUAUGUAUGGACCAAACAGCUUUGACUUCUGCUGUAGUCUGUAGAUUAACUAAAUUGUCAAGAAGCAUGAAGCUGUUUGGUGUAGGGCGGAGGUGCUUCUAUCUACUGGUGUGAGGUCUGUUUUACUCACGGGGAGAUGCAGCAACUUCACCUUUCAAUAAAGUUUGAUCCGAAUAACUGAAUUUAAAAAAAGUAGGCACAAAAGAUUUGAUUGUCAGAUUAACCCAGUCAGACUAGAUUUCCCAUUUUUGAAAUGUUUAUGAAUAUUUAUAAUAAUGUGUUAUGAGAGUGCGCCAAGUGCACUUGGAGACUUGUACAAUUCUUUUAUGGGUGUAAAUAUACUGUCUAUCCUAUCUGACCCACUGUUACUGUAACCUGAACUGAUUGUUGUAAGAUAAAACACUGUUUACUUUGCAAAUAUGUGCAAAAUAUAUAUUUGUUAACUAAAUCGAAAUUGUAAAUAAAGCUUUCAUUGUUUCUAAA